AUGGGUAUGCGCAAUCAAACCCUUCCUUUUGCCCUCUGGAAUCUGGCAACCAGAGAAUUUAGGUCCCUCCCCAAACUCUCUCCUAACUUUCCACCUGAUAUGCUGAGUGGCCAUGAAACUUAUGGAUUUGGUUUUGAUCCCAUUACCAAUGAUUACAAGGUGGUUUCGAUUUGGAACACUUGGGAUCCUUUUAGAGAAAUAAUUAGUCCUUACAAGGCCGCUGUGUAUACCCUAUCUACUGAUUCCUGGAGAUAUCUUGAUCAUGUUGCUUUGCCAUAUUCUAUCAUUCACACCCCUCAGUCUAACACAUGCAUUAAUGGAAUUUAUCAGUGGUUUGCGAUGGACAAUGACCGCCAUCCUGUGAUCCUUUCAUUUGACAUGGGCAAUGAAUUGUUUGAUGAGAUAAGUGAUAUUACUCCAUAUUCAAAACAUGCAGUUCUUGCACCCUACAAUAAUAAUUCUCUGCCUCUGAUUAAUUAUGAUUCAUUUUCAACUGUUGACAUACGGGUGAUGAUGGAAGAAGGGUGUUGGACAAAACAAUCAACUCUUCAAUUCCCUCUUUUAAGCUCUCCCUGUUGUUUGUGA